UUGCAGGCAGUCACCCUAGGCUUCGGUAUUGCCGUCUCAGGUGGUCGUGAUAAUCCACAUUUCACUUCUGGUGACCCGGCUGUUGUGAUAUCAGACGUCGUACCAAACGGACCAGCCUGGGGACUGCUUCAAGUAAACGACCGUAUUCUCUCAGCCAACGGCGUCUCUUUCGAGAGCAUCGACUAUUCGAGCGCUGUCGAUAUUAUCAAGAACGCGGAACACAUCAAUAUGAUUGUUAAACGAAGAGUAGCGAUGCCUAUUAUGGAAUUCGAGCAGCGCACAUUAAAAUUUACUUUGUCUAAAUCGAGAAAAAAAGACGAUUUUGGAAUUGUGUUAGGCUGCAGAUUCUAUAUUAAGGAGAUUCGAAAUCCGAAAUUGGCAGAGAAGGAUCCAGGAUUAAGAGAAGGUGACUCAGUUCUUCGAAUAAAUGGUCAAAGUGUAGAUGGAUCGACGCUUGAAGAAGUGAAUAAAUGGCUUGAAAGGUCACGGGACAAAUUGUGCCUAGUGAUACAGCGUGAUGUUCGUCGUGGGACGAGCAGAUGGCCUAGUCAGAAUACGGUAUAUGAACGGGUGGGUUCGGUGUCGGCAACGCCGCGACACAGUCCGAGCCCUAUGGUUCCGCAUCAACCACUAUCACAAAGAUCUUCACACGAAUACAUCAACUCACCACGUUGGCGUGAUGGCAGUUUGGUGGACGAACGUCGUGUAUCAAGCCCGGCGGUAUCCAGCACCCAUAUGCCAUCACAACCUAGGCAGAAACCAAAACCGGAUCAGAACGGUGUAAGGACGGUGACCUUUCGGAAGGUGAGAUCUGUCGGCGGAAGCGUUGGAAUUCGUGUGAUCGGUGGUAAUGAAGUCGGAAUUUUCGUCUCGGCUGUAGCGGCCGAUUCACCGGCGGCGCUGCACGGUGUCUGUUGUGGAGAUCGUAUCGUAGAGGUAAAUGGUCGAUCGAUGCGCGGUGUGACUCGGGAGUCGGCUGUUCAACUGCUCCUAGCACUCGAUGAUCAUGUCUCAUUACGAUUAGAACACGCCAGACAAGAUUUCGAACAUGUCCGUAAUAGUCAACUGGGAGAUAAUUUUUACAUCAGGUCGCAUUUCACAAAAGAGAAGAAGUCAAGUCCAUUGGAGUUGUCGGUGAGCGAAGGUGACAUUUUCCAUGUCACGGAUACCCUUUUCGGCGGUACGGUCGGUCUUUGGCAAGCGUCUAGGGUCUAUUCUGCCAAUGCCAAUAAAGGCGAACCACCCAAAGGAGUGAUCCCAAAUCAGGCUACCGCCGAGUCAUUAGCACGUGAACAGCGUCGAUUAGCGGAAACAAAAGGACGAGGAGGCACGUUACUCCGACGGAAACUGGAAUCUCGUCGGACGAAGUCGUUGACAAAGAAUGUAUUGACCGAUCCAACUGAGCUUUCUUCAAGUGCUCCACCACCGGCCUAUGAGCGUGUGGCGCUGAAUACGCCUAGCUUUCACCGGCCGGUGGUCCUUUUCGGACCGUUAGCAGACGUGGCUAGGUCAUACCUUCUGUCGCAAUUUCCAACUCGAUUUGCUGAACCGUCACCAAGGGGCGGAGUUAUCCGUCUUGCGGCCCUCGACAGUGUAAUCGCAUCUGGAAAACACUGUGUUCUGGACAUUAGCUUGGAAUCGGUGGAACGACUCCAAUUAGCUCAAUACGCCCCCAUUGUAGUUCUGAUCGAUGUCGAUGGAAGGUCACGAAUUCGAGAAAUUCGUAAAAAGCUGAAUGCCCCUCACCUUUCGUCGAAAAAGCUGGCUGAACAAGCGAGUCAGAUCAAGAAGCAUCAUUCUCAUUUGUUGUCUGCGACCGUAGACGCGACUAAUGAGGAGUCAUGGUUUGAUGCAUUGCGUGAUUUGGUUAUCCAUUUACAACAACGACGGCUAUGGAUGCCAGAAUUCCCACCGAAUUUGCCAUUGGAGGACGUAUUGCUGUUCCCAUUGUCAUCACGGGGUAUUAAUUACGAUUCGGAUAUGGAGUCCUUGAAAGGAGACUAUUCGGACUAUUCAAUGCGUGGCCCACCACCACAGAUGCAUGGGAUGAGCCACAACCUCAGCAGACGGCUCCUAUCUCACCGGCCAAAUCGGCCAGCACGGAGCCAACGUCAUCUCAAACCACCCCCUAACGGACGCCAUCCAAGCUCUCCGGGCUAUUACCACGUCAAACAGCUGUUGAAUGAUGACUCUCUGUAUCAUGAUGCUCGACUGGCAAAUGAGAUUGCUAACGUACGUCUUAGGGAAGAGGCAAGAAUUAGAGAUGAUCGAUUACGAGGUGAACAACGACUGCAUGAUAGACCCCAGGUUCGUUUGCCGAUAUCUCGUAUGGAUUCGCCAAGUUUGAUUUCGAACAGUGUAACAUCAGCACCUGUGCCUCCUAUUCGAAACUCGACCCUCCAGUCUGGCACUAAUGGGUUCGUCCUGAUUGUACCUAUCAGUUUUACUGCCAUGGCCGCCCCGUCUAACUUCCCAGGAGUUGCUUUCGGGGAUGACUUUAGGGAGGCGUACGGUGAGACAACUAAAUUGUACUCCUCGUAUGUUCAGAUUCAAGAUCCGACAAUAGUUGAAGAGACGAAUGCGGUAAUUGGUCAUGAAGGUGGAGUGCUGAACUGUCCAGCUUCCGGUGUCGAACUACGAAUUCCAAAAGGGGCAAUUCCACCGGGUGAAUCGCAUGAGAUUUAUGUUAAGGUUUGUCGUGAUGGUGAUUCGCCGCCAAUCGACAAAUCCAAAGGAGAAACAUUGCUAUCUCCACUUGUGAUGUGUGGACCACAAGGACUUAAUUUCCUGACGCCAUGUGAACUUCGGCUACCACAUUGUGGUCCAGUAGAUGCUGAUGGUCAAUGGUCAUUUUCUUUGAAAGCCGGUGAAGGUGGCGAAUGGCAGCAUAUGGACGUUCAACCACAACCGAAAUCCAGCAACGGUAACGGAGAUCGUCAGUAUCUCUCCGUUAUGAUUACGCACUUCUGA